AUGGGGUACUUCACGGGGUACUUCACAGGGAUUCAGGGGAAUCUAGCAGGAGAUCAGGAACAAGUACUUGUAGAGUCAGCUGCGGCGAAGAAGAGGACAAAGAAGAAGGAGAAGGAAAAGGAGAAGAAGAAGGCCGAAAAAUGUGAUGAAAAGAAAACUGAAUCAACAACGAAGAGCGAAAAGAAUGAAGUGAAUGACAAAGUAAAUAAAGUGGAGGGCAGCAAGAAGGUGCCGAAGCAUGUUAGGAUGAUACAAGAGGAGCUAGCAAGGCGAAAAGAAGCGGAAGAGAAGGAGAAAAGGGAAGAGGAGGAGAGGUUGAGAAGAGAGGAAGAGGAGAGGCAAAAGCAGGAAGAACUUGAGAGGGAGGCAGAAGAGGCGAGGCGAAGGAAAAAAGAAAGGGAAAAGGAGAAGCUGCAGAAGAAGAGACAGGAAGGCAAGCUCCUAUCCGCGAAGCAGAAGGAGGAAGCCCGCAGGCUUGAGGCGAUGAGAAAACAAAUACUUGCUAAUGCAGAAAGGGAUUUGCCCUUGUACCAGAAAAAGAUCAAGCCAAAACCAAGUCUCUGUCAGGAAAAUAAUUCGUCUCCUGCUAAGAUGGAUUUAGUUGAAUCAAAGAAAGCUGGAGAAAAUAAAGUUGUUCCUGAUUCUAAUCCAAUAAAAACUCAAGAAGACGAAAAGAGCCUUCGGUCGCCAAUCUGCUGCAUAAUGGGGCACGUCGACGCGGGGAAGACCAAGCUGUUGGAUCGGAUCCGCGGCACGAAUCUUCAGGAAGGUGAGGCAGGUGGGAUUACUCAACAAAUUGGUGCAACAUAUUUUCCUGCAGAGAACAUACGUGAAAGAACGAAGGAGAUAAUUAGUCAUGUUGAUCAUGCUAAGCUGAAGGUGCCAGGGCUGCUGGUUAUUGAUACUCCGGGACAUGAAUCAUUCUCUAAAUUAAGAUCGCAUGGUUCAGAUUUAUGUGACAUUGCAAUUUUGGUGGUUGAUAUAAUGCAUGGCUUAGAGCGCCAAACUAUAGAGUCACUCAAUCUUCUCAAAAUGAGGAACACAGAUUUCAUUGUUGCACUAAAUAAGGUAGACAGACUUUAUGGAUGGAAAACGUGCCGUCAUACUCAAAUGAAGGAGGCGAUUGAGCAACAAUCUAAGGAUGUGAGAAAUGAGUUUAGAAUGAGACUCGACCAGAUCAUCACUCAGUUCAAGGAGCAGGGGCUAAAUACUGACCUGUACUACUCUAAAGGAAAUAUUAGGGAGAGAUAUAGUAUUGUACCUACAAGCGCCAUUACUGGUGAAGGCAUUCCAGAACUAUUAUGGCUAAUAUUGGCUCAGUGGACUCGAAAAAACAAGGUUGAGAAACCUACAUACAGUGACCAAGUGCAGUGUACGGUAUUGGAGGUCGAGGUUGUCGAGGGCCUCGGUACAACUAUCGAUGUCGUAUUGGUUAAUGGAGUGCUUCAUGGAGGAGAUAGAAUAGUUGUAUGUGGCAAACAGGGACCAAUUGUUACUACUAUUCGAUCCUUGUUAACACCCCAUCCCAUGAAAGAACUCCGAGUUGAGGGAACAUACUUGCAUCAUAAAGAAAUCAAGGCUGUUCAGGGUAUUAAAAUCACGGCGCAGGGGCUUGAACAUGCUAGCACUGCAACUGGUUUGUAUGUGGUGCGGCCACAGGAUGACUUGGAAGAAAUCGAGGAAAAAGCAAUGGAAGAUCAUAUGAAGUCGGUCAUGAGCAGGAGUACUGAGAAGAGUGGUGGUGAGGGAGUUUGUGUACAAGCAUCCACUCUAGGCUCCUCGGAAGCUUUGCUAGACUUUCUGAAGACCCCAGAAGUCAACAUUCCUGUUAGUUGAACAAGCAUAGGCCCUGUACAUAAGAAGGAUGUGAUCAAGGCCAGUCUCAUGUUAGAAAAGAAAAAGGAGUUCGCCGCGAUUUUAGCGUUCGAUGUCAAGGUGGCGCCGGAGGCUCGGGAACUUGCAGAUGAGUUGGGGGUGAAGAUCUUCACGGCUGAUGUUAUAUACCACUUAUUUCAUAAGUUCAAGGCCUACAUUGACAAUCUCAAAGAGGGAAAGAAGAAGGAAGCAGCUGAUGAAGCGGUUUUCCCAUGUAUUCUCAAGAUUUUGGCUAAUAAAAUCUUCAAUAAGAAGGAUCCUAUUAUCUUGGGAGUUGAAGUUCUUCAAGGCAUUGCUAAGGUUGGAACUCCAAUUUGUAUGCCUGAAAAGGACUUCAUUGAUAUUGGCCGCAUUGUCUCAAUCAACAAUAGUGAUAGAAAAUCUGUUAAUUCAGCCAAUAAAGGUCAAGAAGUAACCAUUAAGAUAGUUGGCACCAAUCCUGAGGAACAGAAGAAAAUCUAUGGAAGGCAUUAAUUUAAGGAUGAUGAUAAACUUAUCAGCCGUAUUUCAAGAAGGUCCAUUGAUAUGCUUAAAGCUAAUUACUUGGGUGAUGUAUCACGGGAGGAGUGGGAGUUAGUCAGGAGAUUAAAAAGAGUUUUCAAGAUACUAUGA